AUGCAAGACGAUAUUGACACUAAAGCCUUAGCAUAUGCCUGGAGGCGGAAAGAGGGCUUACACCUAGACGGAUACAAUGAAGAGUUAAGUUUGGCUUUCGAAUAUAGUGGUAAUCAGCAUUAUCAAAUUGUCCCUUUUUUUCAUCUGCAAGGGCAAAUGAAUCUAGACGCACAAAUCUGUCGUGAUUGGAAGAAAAAGGCGCUAUGCUACAGAGAAGGA